UCGCCAGUUCUCCUGCGAAGAAGGGGAAAAUGGAGAAAGAUGUUGAUGUUUUGGGCAAAUAUCGAAAUGUCACAAAUAAAUUAAAGAAACGUUUCUUGAAGAGACCAAAUAUUGCGGAAGGAAUAGAACAGUAUGGUGCUUUAGCAAAAUCCCUGCGACAACAAGAGUGUCCUCAGUAUGCUGGAUUUUGCUGUUUAGCACAAGCAAGAUGUGAACAUACCCUUGUUAAUGCUGCUGGUGAGGCCCAAGCUUUAACAGAAGCAGCAAGGGCCUUUCUAGAGGCUGAAAUGAAUAACAGAGAUAUAAAGUGUCCCAGUUUUGAGGAACACCUAACAGCUGCCAUAAACUGUUAUAGUCAUGCCAUCAGGGUUUACAUUGAAAACAACAACCCAUCAUUAGCAGCAGCGUUGUGUAUAGAGUUAGGCAAUGCUUUACAGAAACUAGAAAGACCUGGAGAAGCAAUGGCACACUUUCAAAGGGCUGCAGAAUUACAGUCACAGAUGAAGACUUAUGGUAUAUUUAGUCCAUUAGAAUGUCUUCAGUCACUGGGGUUGGUAGCCACUUGCAAAAUAGAAAUGAGAGAUUAUGAUGGAGCACUUGGUGUUUUUACUGAAAUGGCAUAUCUAGCACAAGAAAGGGGAGGAUCAUCUACAACAGGGAAGCCAAUAGGAGCUUACUGUGAUAUACUGGCAAGAUGUGAAGUGUGCAGAGUAUUACUUCUAAUGUUACUUCAGCCUACACCUCAGAGAAUCAGACCUGAGCAUGCCCAAACAUUAGAGAAAUAUGCAUGGGAGACAACUGAUGAUACAAUAACAGCACAGUUUCUAAGUGAAGAUUUGUUUCUAAUGUUACAGUCACUUGUAAUGGCUUGUCAGUCAAGAGAUUUUUCUUCACUAAGAUUACUACAGAAAGAUUUAUGGCCCUUGUUAUCUGCAGAACAGAAUCAGUUGUUACAUCUUGUCAUCAAAGAACUGUCACAUCCAUCAGGGGAAGUUAUAUGAUUGGCCAAUCAAGGAAAGUCAUAUGAUUGGCCAUAGUCGUCUAAUUUAAUGAAACAUUCCUUAGCAAAGACUGUUAUUCAAGGGUAGUCUUAGAUAUUGUACUUGCCACAUAAGUAUAUAUAACUGCUCUUUGGAUUAUAUGAUGCAUAAGACCAUGUUAAGUGUUGUCAUUUUUGUUCAUUGUUAAUUUCUAAACAGCUUUCUUAUGACUUCAUUCUCUAAAAAUCUUCAUUAAAUUUUUUCAAAGCCUGUUUGAAUCAGACUUUAUGGAGUUGUACUCUUCAGAAUUUUUUAUAGUGAAGGGUUACAUUUACUAACAAGUUUUUAUCAUAUGAAGCUAGUGCAACUUAACAUUAAAUUGAACUAUGGAAGGACAAUUUUGGGAUGACGCUUCUUUCAGAAAUUUCCAAGGCAUCUUCUCUUCUUACAACUAUUUAGCCAAUUUUAAAGAAACCUGACUUUAAUCAGCUGUACAAUGCUUUUUAAAAGCAAUGCAGACCUAUCAAUAUGACAUCUCUAUCUUAAGGUAGAAUAUUGAUAAUAUUAUCUUUUCAAUUUUUUUGAAAAUUAGAGUUAUUUCCCUUGUCAUAAGAUACUACUUUUCAAAAGUAUUAUUGAUAUAGAAAAUGCAUGUGCACAUUAUUUUCAGAGUGUUAUGGAAUAAACAAAUAAAUAAUCUAAGUUGGAGUUAACAAUGCUAAACAAAAUUCUCCUUAAAGUAACCAUUUUAUGUCAAGGUUUAGGAACAGUCAAGGGCAUUUUCACAAUUUUUGUAAAAUUUUGCAUACAACUGGGACGUGUUGAAAUUUAAUUAAAUAUUAAAAAAAUAACACCAUAUAUUUUUCUGUAAAAUAGAUAUAUUCUGUUUUCGAAUAAAUUUCUGUUGUGAUGAUAAAAUAAUCAGAGGUUCACUUUUGCUUUUGGUGUAUUAUUCAUUCAAAAGGGAACUGUGGAUGUAAAAAAUAGUCUCAAAACAUGAAAAUUUGCAUACUUGUGUAACUUGUUCUGAUGUAAAACAUAGUUUUUCAACAUUUUUCACUUCAAACAUACUAAUAGAAUGAUUAAUACAUCAAAAGGGAAGUCAGUGACCCUAUUGUUAUGUUACAUCGUUUAAACAGAAAUCUAUUGUGUAACCCCCAAAAAAUCUAUUAAAUUGUUAUUUAGAAAUGAAGAUUUUAAGACAAUUGGAACAAAGUUUCUUAACAAUAUUGUAUGUGCUUUCUUUACAAAUAUGCAUUUAUUAUAAGAAUAUUCAUUCAAUAUAAUAUCAGAAGAUGAUAGGGAUAAUUGCAUUGAAUUAUUUGUUGAUGAAUUUUAAAAUACUUAAUUUUUUAUGUUAAAUCUGUGACGUUUUCCAUUUGCUGUAAAUUGACCAUAAAGGUGUAAUAUCACUCAAACAUAGUACGUCAUGUCCGGUUUCAUCAAUCAUGUUAAAAAGGGUAGAAGAAAAUAUUCCCUUGCAUAUAACAGUUGUAGGAAAUAAACCCUGCAAUUAGUGGAGAAAAUUUUUCCUGAGUCAUAUACAUUUAUCUUGGGUGUUUCAAAUCACCUUUCUUUUUAGUCCCCUACCGACGAAGUCGAAGGGGACUUUAGGUUUGCACUCUGUCCGUCCGUCCGUCUGUCCGCUGUCCGUCUGUCUGUCCAUCCGUCAGUCCGGCAAAUCAGCUUUCCACACUUUUUUUCUUCGUUCUUGAAGAUAUUGAUUUGAUAUUUGGUAUAAAGUUUUGCCAUGACAAGUUAUAGAUCAAGUUCGAAUUUUGUUCCAGUCUGAUGAUUUAGUCCAGAGUUAUGGACCCUAACUCCGGACCAUAUCUAAUGUUAGAGUACUAUAUGUUAAACCAUAUUUCUGUACAAAGGGAGAUAACUCAUUUUUUAAAAGACAUUCUUUGGUAAAUUAUUUGAAGAAUUUUUUGGCAGAUUUGUUUGUUAUUUUGUAUAAACUAAUUUUCUGAAUGCUAUAUAUAUAUAUAAAAAAAAUUAUGAGGUGAAAUCCUAUAAUUAGAUAAUAAUCUAUUUUUAUUAAUGUAUAUAUUACAAUGUAUUACAUUACAUUGUGUAGAUAAAAAUUGUUGACAUUUUAUAGAUAAGUUACAAAUCUAUAUUAGUUUGUGACAAAAGAAAAGAAAAAAUAUUUGGAACUUUUAAUUAUAUUUGAUUAUAAUUUGAAAAUAGAUAUACACUGUAUUACAUCAUAUCUAAUUUUCGAGAACUAUUAAUUAUAUCUAAUGUUAAAGUGUUUUUUUUCCACACUUUUUUUCAUCAUGCUUGAAGAUAUUGAUUGAUAAUUGGUAUAUAGUUUUAUCAUGACAAGUUAUACAGAUCAAGUUCGAAAUUUUGUUUAGGUCUGAUAAUUUUGUGCAGAGUUAUGGUCCUUGGACUUGAAAAAUUCACUCAUUUAAUCAGUUUUCCACACUGUUUUUAGUCAUGCUUGAAGAUAUUGACUUGAUAUUUUCUUAUUGUUUACACCAUGACAAGUUAUAGAACAAGUUAGCUUUUUGUUCCAGUAUAAUGAAUUUUUACCCAGUAGGGGACUAUGUAUUGCCAUGCAAUACUCUCAGAAUGCUUGUUUAUUUGGUGUUUUAAUAAAAUAUUUUGAAAACUUUUGGUGUCCUCUUUACUAAAACUUGUAAAGAGGGAAAAAGGGUAAACAUUAACCUGGUUUACUUUUGGUGAUGAUUAUCAUCUUAUAUAUGCAAUGAAAUGUUGUAUGAAAUUUUUACUGUGGUACUUGACAAGAUAAAACUUUAUUUAUGCCAAAUAUUUCUUUAAUUGAAAUAAUAAUUUAUUCUACAUAGUUUUUUGAAAAAUGCCAAUUUAACAAAGACUAAAAGGGAGAAAUAAUGGUGAUAAUUGCCCUUAAUACUAUUUAACCUGAGCAUAGAUGGUUUCAUUUAUUCCUGGUAUUUUUACAGAAAAUGCAGACUUUUCUUUACAUGUAUGUUAAAAAGAAUUUCCUUCAAUGUUUUGUCUUGUAUUUUAAUUUUCAUGUUAUAGUAUUUAUGUAUGAUACUUUUCUUGAAUAAUGUGCAAUAUUCUAAUGUA